AUGGAGGAAACAUCUGUCCAGAGGCUGCUGGCCCUCACAGCCUCUCUGACUGUGAGUCCCAGCAGCUCUCAGCUGUUUCAAAAUGAGUUUGUCUCUUUGAGCUGUGAGGAGGACGACACUUCUGCUGGAUGGAUGCUGAGGAGGAACAUAACUGAAGAAUCCAGAUCUUUGUGUGGAGUUGACUGGGGUAAAAUAGUUAGUUCUUCUUGUAUCAUCAACUAUAUUGACCCACUGGACAGUGGAGUUUACUGGUGUGAGUCCAGAGGAACAACCAGUAACAGCAUCAACAUCACUAUCACUGAUGGAUCAGUGAUCCUGCAGAGUCCUGUCCUCCCUGUGAUGGAGGGAGAUGAUGUCACUCUGCACUGUAAAACAAAGACCUCCAACCUCCCAGCUGAUUUCUAUAAAGAUGGCUCCCUCAUUAGGACUGAGCCUGCUAGUCACAUGACCAUCCACCAUGUUUCCAAGUCUGAUGAAGGCCUCUACAAGUGUAACAGCAGCAGUCAUGGAGAGUCUCCAUCCAGCUGGAUCACUGUCACAGGGAAACCUACAACCAAAGCCCCACCCCAUAUCUCAGCAACCCUGCCCCCUGUAUCUGUAGCACCGCCCCCUGCCUCAGCUUCCCUCCAGCUUGUGUUCAGACUGGUCUGCUACCUAGUGGUGUUCUGUCCGUACUUCAUCUCCACGCUCAUCAUGGUGUCUUUAUAUCGACACAGGUCCACAGGAAAUGACCUACCUGUCUCCAUGGCAACACCCCCACCCACCCAGGCUGAGGAGGGAUUGGCUGAGGAGUUUGAUGACAUCAUGGUGGUCACCACUGAGCAUCACUUCUGAGCUGAAAACAUCAGAGACAGUUUACAGUGACAGUAGUGAACAUGAGAACUAGAACAGAAGCUGAAAAGCUGAACAUUUAAAAUAUAAAGUUACUGCUUUAAGUUUGUUCUGUUACUUUACUGCCAGAAA